UGUCGGUGAGGCCGGCGGGGCGGAUCCCACGCUUGACUGAAAGAGAAAAUAAAGCAACACAACAAUAAUAACAACUCUCGCACAUUUCUCUAGCCAGCUCCCCUGUGGAUAUAUAAAAUAUCAAGAUGCCCUCAGCAAUGAAUGCAAACAGUGCGGUGCAGUCUGCAAGCCCAGAUGUGGGAUCCGCUCCAGGGUUGAUGGGCAAUUUUACAUGCGGUGGACAGUCUGAUGUCCUGAAGCAGGUGCUGGGCAUCAUCGACAAGAAGGCCCGCAGCAUGGAGAAGAAAAGGGGCAAACUGGAUGAUUAUCAAGUCAGGAAGAAUAAUGGGGAGCGACUCAACCAGGACCAGCUGGAGGCCCUCUCCAAAUACCAGGAAAUCACGUAUAACUUGGAAUUUUCCCGAGAGUUGCAGAAGACUUUCAUGGCACUGGGACAAGAUAUCCAGAAGGUGGUGAAGAAGUCUGCGCGGCGGGAGCAGCUGCAGCGCGACGAUGCAGAGCAGAGGAGGCUGAAGACGAUUCUGGAGCUGCAGUUCCUCCUGGACCGGCUGGGAGACGGGACGGUGCGGCAGGACCUGAAGCAGGGACUCAGUGGAUCGCCGCUGCUGACAGAUGCAGAUCUUGCAGCUUUUGAUGAGUUCUACAAAUUAGUUGGGCCAGACCGUGAUCAAAAUGUCAGGUUGGUCGACAAGUAUGAAGAAGCAUCUGUGCACCUCUGGGACCUGCUGGAAGGGAGGGACAAGGCUGUGGUUGGAACAACAUACAAGGAACUGAAAGACACUUUGGACCAGGUUCUGCUGAGUGGGUACUUUGACAGGUCUCAGUCUCAUCAAAAUGGAGUGUGUGAGGAGGAAGAGGAGGAAGAGCCAGUGGCAGCCGCAGCAGCUGAAUCGUCAGAAGCAGAAGAGCAGACUGUUGAUCCAGAAACUGAAAUAAUUGAGGAGUUCACAGAGCCCAUUGCAGUGGAAACAACAGAGUUUGUAAAUAGACAGUUCAUUCCAGACGGCACAUACAGUGGAAGUGAGAAGGAGCUGGGGGAUGAGUGGACCACGGAAACAGAGGCAGUCAGUGCCAUGCAGCAGCAGCAGCAGCAGCCCGUGCAGCCUGCAGCUCCCCCUGUUGCCUUGGAGACUCACCCCAUGAACUCAACAUCCCCUGCGCCACCUUCCGACCCCCUGGUCAGGAAGCAGGUGGUGCAGGAUUUAAUGGCACAGUUGAAGGGAACGUACAACUUCAUGCAGGACUCCAUGCUGGACUUUGACGGACAGCCCGUUGACCCGGCCAUUGUAUUGGCACAGCCCAUGGCCCCUGCUCAAAACAUGGACUUAACACAGAUGGUGUGUCCUCCUGAGUCCCGACUAUCACAACACAACACUGUUCCUGUCCAACCUGAGCCCAGACAAGUCCCCAUUGUCUCCCCAACACCGCCCCCUAUGUAUCAGACCUCACACACGCCAGAUCCUCGACCCUUAACAGAAACUAUCGACCCCAUCCAGACCUCAAUGUCCUUAUCGGAGCAGUCUCCCCCCUCGGCUGCUCUCCCCCCUGCCUCUCCGACGCAGGAUUUCCAGCCUGCUUCCAAAGCUCCUCAAAGCAGCGGCAUCAAUGUCAACGCUGCACCAUUCCAGUCAAUGCAGACAGUGUUCAACCUUAAUGCCCCAGUCCCACCAGCUAAUGAGACAGAGGCUUUGAACCAGGCCGACCAAUACCAGAACAACUACAACCCGGCCUUCAAUAACCAGGAGCAGCAUCCAGUGGAGGAGACAGAGAUGCAGUCAGAACAACUGCAGUCUGCGGAUGGUGCUUUCCAUCCCCAAGACCAGUCAGGAGGCCACCAGCAGCCUACUCCUCAGGGCCCAGGCUUCGGCAGGCAGGGUCAGUCCUUCUACAACAGCAGAGGCAUGUCCCGUGGCGGACCUCGUAACGCCAGGGGCAUGAUCAAUGGCUACAGAGGCUCAUCAAAUGGAUUCAGAGGUGGCUAUGAUGGUUAUCGUCCACCGUUCGCCAACACUCAAAACUCUGGCUACGGACAGACCCAGUUCAACACACCUCGGGAUUACUCAAAUGGAAAUUAUCAGAGGGACGGUUACCAACAGAACUACAAGCGCGGAGCUGGUCAGGGACCCAGGGGAGUGUCGAGAGGCACUCAGGCAGUGCGAUCCUGAAAAGCCUUUCAUAAUGACUGUGAUUUAAAUUGCGCCACACAGAAAAUUCAAGAAUGCAUUUGCCCCAGCUCACUCAUGUCCUCUCUUUGUUUGUUCUUCAUCAGUGGUAUCUUUUCCUGUUUCUUCAAUCAAAGUAACUCCUGCUUUGACAUUUGGAAAUAUUCAAAUCAUUUUAAGUCUAGAACACAAGGUAAGCUGUAAAUCCAAUCAUUGAUUUACACAUGCCAUGGGUUUUAAUAUUCCUGUAAACUUGAAAGAUUUCAUAAGUUAUUUUUUGUAUAAAAAAAAAUGCACCUGCCACUGCUGGUCCAAUCUUUGGGAGUUUAUUCCCUUUCUCAGUUCUGUUCUGUCAUUUUGAUUCUAAAAAAAACAAGCGUUUUAUGUUUAAUGAGCUCCCGUUUUCUUGUUUGUAAAUUGAAGUCGCUUCAAAAGUUUCAAUAAAGUUGUGUUGCAUACCCAUGG